AUGACUACAAAUAUGACAUCCUCUGGUUUGAUAGUAGAAAGUGUAGAUUUGGUAGUAGAGAAAUUCAAGAUCUCUGAUGUGAUCGAGAUAGCAUCAACGCCGAACAAAGAUUACGCUACAAGAGGAUCAACCAAUUUAUCUAAGUGGUAUGACUUUGAGAUAAAAAGUGAAGAAAAUCAUCCUACUAGCCCCGAAUUGGCCAGUCUAAUUUGGGUGGCCGAUACUUCCACGGAUGGGCAUCACUCCACCAAUGCUCUUUCCCAUAAAUCAGGCAUGGACUCUAAGCGCAUGGUUGCUAUCUACAAUAAGCAGGAGACAGGGAGAUUAGGCAAAGACAUGACCAAUUCAUUUUCUCGGUCUACCAAAAGUAAAACUUUGGAAAUAUAUGGUAGUAAAUGGAAGGGAUAG